ACUCGCCCUUCCCUGGCUUCAGCCCCGCUGCGGAGGGAAGAGCCGGGGGCCAAGGGCCCCUGCAGGCUGCGGUCCCGCCGCGGCCGGGAACAAACUGUCCCCAUUAGGGACCUCCUCGGAGUGGCGUGCGGGAUGCACCCUGUCCACGCCCGCCCGAGACUCGGGGGACACCGGGCCCGCGCAGUGGCGCUGUGGUAGCAGGCAGGCCGAGGGAGAAGGAGUGAAGGUCCUUUUCGCACUCGAAAGACUUUGUAGAGGAAAGCUGGAGACAACAAUCAGAUGACGCUUAUCGUGUUUCAGGUUUGGCAUUUUGACCCCCCUGGUAGUACUUCGGAGGUGCUCCCGGCGUGGUGCUCCGAGGACCGUGCGAGCUGGGGAUUGAGUGAGCUUGGAGCCACCUCCCAAGCCUCAGGUGUCCCUGUGGGGAGGCAGCUUCUUUCCCUCCACUCCUGAGUGGAGAGUGAAGAUCUGAGCUCAGAUUCGGUCCCGCUGCUGUCUGGUCCCUCAGCUCCGCCGAGCGUGGUUCCCCAGAAAACAGAGCAUGGCCUAUGAUUGUGCUCGAGUAAUGUUGGAAAGAAGGAAUUGUGGUGCGAAUGGACAGAUCCCGGGUACCACGGCUUGGGACUGCAGAGGAGAAGGCUGGGUGCGACAAGCGGUUUCUUCGUGCUGAUGGACUGGUUUCGGUUUCAUGAUUGAUUAGGAACUUGCGUGAUCAGCUCAUGGAACUACGCAAAAUUUAGAGUGAUUCCAGAAGUUUAGGUCUGUGACCUAGUUCUCAUUGACUUGCAAUAGUGAAUGCCCUGGCUUCGAAAACUCCGGAAGAUGUCACCUGCCACUGUGGGAAAGCCAGGUGUAAUGACAAUGGAUUCUAUCUUGGCUCAAUUGAAACUCCUAAAUCCUGAUGACCUCAGAGAAGAAAUUGUCAAAGCUGGAUUGAAAUGUGGACCCAUUACAUCAACCACAAGAUUUAUUUUUGAGAAAAAAUUGGCUCAGGCUUUAUUGGAGCAUGGAAAAACAUUGGCUUCAUCUCCUUCUGAACAUGAAGCUCUCAGCCAGGACACACAAAGGAUUUUGAAGUCAGCUAUAGGAAGUUCUCCUGAGCAUAUCAACUUUUCUGAAGACAGAGAUUUUGGAUAUAGCGUAGGUUUGAAUCUUCCAGAGGAAAAUAGUGUGACAUCUGAGACCUGCUCAUUAUCCAGAGGCACUGCUGGGGUUGACAGCCAUAAAGCUGUGAUGGAGAUCUCUAAAGAGCCAUCUCUGUACUAUGGAGUGUGCCCACCAUAUGAGGAUACUCCUGUGAAAAAUGAAAGAAUUCAUGUUUUUGAAGACAAAAAGGAAGCAUUGCAAGCUGUUAAAAUGAUGAAAGGAUCCCGAUUUAAAGCCUUUUCAAGCAGAGAAGAUGCUGAGAAAUUUGCUAGAGGUGGCUUGUACUUAUCUGAGUCAGAAGCAGUGAACAAAGAGCGAGCAAACAGUUACAAAAAUCCACGCACACAAGAUCUCACAGCUAAACUUCGAAAAGCUGUGGAGAAGGGAGAAGAAGACACUUUUCGUGAUCUCAUCUGGAGUAAUCCUCGGUAUUUAAUUGGGUCAGGGGAUAACCCAACCAUUGUACAGGAAGGAUGUAGGUACAAUGUCAUGCAUGUUGCUGCCAAAGAGAAUCAGGCUUCUAUCUGCCAAAUGGUUCUAGAAACUCUAGAAGACCCUGAAUUUAUGCGACUUAUGUACCCAGAUGACAACCCAAGCAUGUUGCAGAAACGUAUCUGUUAUAUUGUUGACUUGUACCUGAAUACUCCUGACAAAGCAGGCUAUGAUACACCAUUGCAUUUUGCUUGUAAGUUUGGAAAUGCAGAUGUCGUCAAUGUACUUUCAUCACACCCUCUGAUUGUAAAAAACGCAAGGAAUAAAUUUGAUAAAACUCCUGAGAAUGUUAUUUGUGAAAGAAACAAAAGCAAAUCUGUGGAGUUGAAGGAGCGGAUUAGAGAAUAUUUAAAGGGUCACUACUACGUGCCACUCUUGAGAGCAGAAGACUCAUCUUCUCCAGUGAUUGGGGAAUUGUGGUCUGCAGACCAGGCAGCCGAGCACUCACCUAACCGCCACAGUUUUGGAGGCCCCAGAGACCCUAUUUUGACCCUGCGAGCUUUUGCAGGACCUCUGAGUCCAUCCAAGGCAGAAGAUUUUCGCAGACUCUGGAAAACUCCACCUCGAGAGAAAGCAGGCUUCUUUCACAAUGUCAGAAAAUCUGAUCCAGAGAGAGGCAUUGAGAGAGUGGGAAGAGAGCUAGCUCAUGAACUGAGGUAUCCCUGGGCUGAAUACUGGGACUUUCUUGACUGUUUCGUUGACCUUUCCUCCCCGGAGGGCUUACAGAAACUCGAAGAGUAUUUCCACCAGCAGGAAGAAAGCAGAAAGGCUCAACAAGAAAUGAGAGAAAAUGAAGCUUGUCAUUCAGAGAAAGCCUCUGCCUAUGGUCACCCUAGGAAGAAUAGCAGUUCCAUUUCUGUAAGGGCAUUUCUAGGUGAAGAUGAUGACAUGAGCUUGGAAGAAAUUAAAAAUCGGCAAAAUACAGCACGUAAUAAGACCCAACCCACAGUUGGUGCUUUUGGAGAUUCCAACAUCCUUCCUUUGGAGCAGAAUAUGAAUCUUAUAGAAGCCUCAGCCCCAAACAGCUCCCAAGGCAACAGAAAUGGUUUUUAUAGCCCUCCAAGCAGCAACAAGACCCUGGGAGGGAAAAGAACAAACACCUCAGGUGCAGAGGAAGACCUCUUGUCACCUGUCUCCACUUUGACUGUUGAGUUUGAUAAACUGAAUUUGCAGAAAUUAGGAAGAGGCUUUUCUGAGAAAGCAAGUAAAAAUGUGGAAGAUGGAGAAAAGACACUGACAUCAAAAUUAGACACAGAAGAAAGUGACUUCUUAGUACCACCUGCUGCUACAGGCAACCUCAGAACAAAACAGAUAACAAUGGAGAGAGAAGUGUCAGCUGGAAUUGCUGAACUGUGCCUGGAUCCCAACCAUCCUAGGCAGGAGACCCAACACCACAGCACUUCUACACCCUCAGAUCCCCUAGGGGUCCCUACCAUCCAAAGACUCUUCCUUUUGGGAGAGGAGCCCUCAAAGCUGGAUCGAGAUGUCCUAGCAGCUUUAGAGUGUAUAGAUGUGGACCCAAACCAGUACCCUGGUGUGCACAGAUGGAGGAGCGCCGUCCUGUGCUACUCACCAUCAGAUAGACAGAGCUGGCCCAGCCCUGCACUGAAAGGGAAGUCGAAGUCUCAGCAGACAGAUUUUGGUCACCCUUGCAACUGCAGCCCGGGGAGAAGCAGUCCUGUGGUCACCAGCCCUGGGAAGCCCACCACUGCCUUGUAUUCCCCUGGUGUGGGCAGCCCUGGGCGCUACAGUCCUGCAAAUGGGGGCCACCUCCGCAGAAUGACACUCCUGGCCCAGCCUGCUGGCUCAUAAGGCUCUUGUUAUUGCUGUUGUUGUUGUUGUUGCUGUUUAAUAAGGGUAAUAUGUUCAUUACUGAAAUGUCAAAAAGGAACAUAUUCUGGUUAAUCUCAUUUUGAAGGUGAGAGACAGUUUUAGAGAAUUCACAUGUUCUGUCUACAUUGAUAUUUUGAGAAGUUGACACAAGCUAACUCAGAUACAAAUUUCCUGAAAACUGCCUGUGUGGUAAUGUUACAGAAUUCACCAUGGUAGCCACAGUGCCAUGAUGUACAGUAGUAAACAUGAAUUUGGUCCCACCUUUCUUUUCUCAAAAAAAUCCUCUGUGUGGCCAGUCCACCCAGUUGAGUAGAGGAAGUGAUUAGGUCAAUGUAAACAGUACUUACAAUUUGGGCCAUUAAGAUGUGAAUCAGGAGCCAGAAGAAUUUGGAAAGUCUUAUAAUCAUUGAGGAGGCUAUGCAAAUGGCCACACAGGACUUCUCAGCAACCCCAGCAUUCACCAGUGCUGGGGCUUGACAUGUUUGUAAUGUCUCCAUACAUAAAACAGUCUGUAAACUCUGCUUUCAGAAUAUAUUUAGGGUUCAUAUCAGUUGAAUUUUCUUCAUAAAAAUAAUACAUUUUAGUAACUAGAGGUUUACCUUUGGGUUUUUUAUUUGUUUGGUGGGCGAGGGGUGUACACCUGGCUGUGCUCAGGACUUACUCUCGGCUCUGCACUCAUGGAUCACUCCUGGCAGGUUCAGGGGACCAUACAGGGUGCUGGGGAUCAAAACCAGGUAGACCAUAUGCAAGGCAUGCACUUUGUCUUCUAUAGUGUUCUCCAGGUGUAGAGGUUUACUUUUGAAAGUUACUUGAGAGUAUUUUAUUUCAGCUCCUCUCUUGCUUCUAACCCACCUACAAUAUCGGCAUCCCCCAAUGGCCCUCUGUGUUGUGGGGAUACCUGAGGCCAAAAAGCUCUGUUAAAGGCUGGAUUUCUUCAGCUUUAUAUAUGAGGACUCAUACACAGGUGGUAUUGUUAUAGCACGCAUCUGCCAAUGCUUUUGGUAAUGUAAGUGCCUUUUGUAAAUCAUUUAUUUUCCUGAACUUUUGAGAUUAUACUGUGAGACUACUAAGAAUUCUUGUUCAAAAAAAAAUCUGAACUGAGUAUAUUAAAACUUAUUUCUUUCAUAUAACACUGGUCAGGAAUGUUGGGAUUAAGAUUUAUAUUUUAAUUCAAAAGGUUACACAGUAUUUUCAUUUGUGUGGGAGGCAACCUAUACAUAAGAAAAAUAAUUCUAGGAGCCGGGGCAAUAGUAUAGUGGGUAAGACAUUUCCCUUACAUGCAGUCAACUAGAUUCAAUCCCUGGCAUCCUGUAUCGUCCCCUGAGCCCACAGGAGUGGUCUCUGAGAGCAGAGCCAGGGUUAAGUCCUGAGCACCACUGGGUAUGGACUAAAAACAAAAAAAUAAUAAUUUUAAAUACCAAAGGCAUAUUUUUAAAGGCACCUUUGUCACCAAAGAUGUCAAAUACAGGUUGCUGGAGUGAUAGCACAUCGGGUCAGGUGUUUGCCUUGCACACGGCCGACCCGGGUUCGAUUUUCAGCAUCCCAUAUGGUCCCCCGAGCACCGCCAAGGAGUAAUUCCUGAGUGCAUGAGCCAGGAGUAACCCCUGUGCAACACCAGGUGUGACCCCCAAAGCAAAAAAAAAAGUCAAAUACAGGUGUAUUCACGGUGAUGUUUUCUUUAAAACCUUACCAUACUGUUCUGUAUAUUAUUGUCAGUGUUCGGAUAGAAAUUAAAAUUGGUGGGGCCAGAGAGAUGUAUAGCAGGUGGGGCCCUGGCUUUGCUUGCAGGCAACUGAGCUCAAUCCCUGGCAUUCCAUAUGGACCCCCAAGCACCGCCAGGAUACUUUCUUAGUGUAAAGUCAGAAGUAAUCCCUGAGCAUCACCGGGUGGGUGCCCCCAAAACAAAAAACAUUAAAAUUGGUGCUUAUACCUCAAAUAUGCAGGCUUCUAUGGUUUUCUAAAAAUUUUAGAACUUGACUGUUUAUCCACUUGUUCUUACAAAGUGCUCCUGCCUGGUUUCAACGAAGGCAUUAACUUAUAUCCCUAGGUGGUUUAUAUGUUUUUUAACUACUUAGUUGAAAUAAAUUGUUUUUAAAAUCA